AUGUCAUUGCAUACAUCAGAGAUUGUGUUACUCGCCAAAGCGCCAAAAAAUUUGGCAGACGUUACCUUCGUUGGCUACAGCACUUGCCUCUACACGGUCGAACAAAAUGUUGAAGAAAUAGCAGAAAAAGAUAUCCCAUCCAUCAACCAAAUUUUAAACAAAUUAGCCAAAGAAAGUCGCCAGGAUACUAUUAGUCUCACAACGGAGAAGCGGAAAGUUUCGGUUGUUAGACCAAUAAAUGAGAAUUUGUACCAUAACGAUCCAACGAUUCGUAAAUUUGAAAAGGUACCGGCAGAUGGUAGCUCUAUUUUGAGUAAAAAAAUUACUGCGAAUGAGAAUACUAAGAGGAGUACUUACAUGCCCAAACAGAAAGAUGGCACAAUUGAGAAACCAGAUGAAAAUUUUUUGAAAAAGACAUCGGAUUCAUUAGAAAAUUCUUCGAUUAAUACUAAGCGUAAAAAGAGUAACAUCAAUUUAUUUGAAAACCAAGAUGCAGAGGAGAGUAAAAGAUCAGUAGAGCGUUAUGAAAAUACGAAACUAAUGGUUGAGACAAAAAUAGAAAAGGUCGAAACAAAACAGGAAAAAAUCGAAACGAAAUCGGAAAAAUCGAGUCAGAAGAACAAAAUUGCAAAUAUCUACCAAACAUCAAUUACUGACCAAAACGACCAAAUUGUGGCUGCGGUUGAAGAGAUUUACGAUACCCUGGCAGAGGAAUACGAGACCGUUGAUGACGACUUGCUGACGAAAGUAAAAUAUCUUAAUAACAAAUAUUACAAUUCAUCAACUACUUCAGAUGAUUCCGAUUAUGAGGGUUCUGAAUUUAAGAAAGAUAAAAAGUCAACGAAAGUUACGACAAAAUAUAACUCAGCCCCGAAGCCACCAAAAAUAGAUUACGAAAUGUACGAAACAGUCGAUGUCUGCCAAUCAACAUCCACUGACGUCUGCAGAAAGUCAGCCCCCCUCCCAAGCAUACCAACAGCAUCGCAGCAGAGCAAACUUAGCCUCGUCGACAGAUUUAAAACUAUGGCAAGCAGGAUGUUCUUUUACAAUUCCAGCCCUUCCACUGCUACUUCAAGACGCUGGAGCAACAUAGAAGACAUUCCGAAAUCAAUUGACAUAUCAAAAUUAACGAUGAACGAGGUCGAUGAAUGUCUGUUUCACUUGAAACUGGAUAAAUACAGGAAACAGUUUAGCAAAAAUCAAAUAGACGGUUUGAUUUUGUACGGCUUGAAUGAACAAACUUUAAUUCAGAAGUUCAAGAUGGAUUCGCUAGAGGCCAGAAAACUUGUUAUGUUCUGUCACGAUCGGUGGAGGCCUGUUUGA